GAUGUGUUUUUUCGUGAAAUCCUUCAAUCCAAUUGGUUUUGUCGUGUUUGUGCGUCUUGUACCAAUUGGGUAUUCGUAUUAGAAAAUUAAUAACUUAUUUUUGGGGCUGCAGAAAAUCAUAAUAAUAAGUUUCAACGAUUUUGUGUGAUUUUAGUUAAUAAUUGACUAUAAAAAGUGGUGCAAGUUGCCUAUUUGAGUGCAGAAAGUGAAUUUGCGUCGUAAAAAAACCAUUGUGAUAACACUAGAACAGGCAAUUCGAUAAAGCCAAAUAUAAAUUAUAAAUGCCUGGGAAUAGGAAGUGAAACUAUUUUAUUUUGAGUUUUUGUGCAAAACCAAUCAAAAAUUCUAACCAAAAAGGCGCAGUUUGCUUGUUUUUCCAACAAAGCGAUAACAUUCCAAUAGGAGAGAUUGAUUAACCGAGGGGCGGGGAAGACAACGACCGCAAACUGGUAGUGCUGGUGAGUCAUCCAAGAUAUAAUCGCAGCGCAACGCGUACAUCGCGAAAGUAAAGUAAAAACAACAAGCGCUGCAACAACGAGUGGCGGCAGCAACAGUUCCAAGGCCCCAACUAUAUUUCGUAUUGACAAAAAAGCAAAACAGCUGAAAAUACCGUAAAUCUACUCGUGCAUACAUACAUAAUUAAUACAUAUCUGCUAGUGACGUCAUCAGUUCACGGAUAGAAGGCUUUCGCACGCGGAUUAAGGUUUUUACUAUGAAAACUACUAUCAGCGCAACAACAACUACAAACGCAGCUGCGUCUAUUGGCAGCACCGCGCCAUCGGUACCUAUCAUACCCAAAACGGAAACGAACGACCUUAAUUUGACGUUCCAAACGCCUAACACAACUGCAGCCAGUGCCAUCAAUACUGCUGCAAAUACAAAUAAACGGCCGGUAUCGUUGGAUCUAAACAAAGUGGCGGCAAAGAAGCAACGUCUUGUGGCACCUUCGCCACUCAACAUCGAUUCUCCCAGUUUGGAGAAUUUGAAAACUAUUAAUACACCUGAUAUUGAGAAGAUGCUGCUUAGCAACGUUAUGCCGACACCGCAGCCUGGGAUUAUAUUCCCCAGCAAAACAAGUACGGUAACAUCCGAGCAAGAAGCAUAUGUCAAAGGAUUCGAAGAGGCCUUGAGUAAUUUACAUCAAAGCAAGAAAUCGCAGGCUGCACAAAUAACGAACAACAGUAGUGUCAAUGUUGGUACCACGGCGACUACAACCAGUACCUCCAGUGCAUCAGUUGUUGGUACUGGCAUAAGUGGCGGAACCUUCACCUACACUAAUUUAGAAACCUUCCCAGUCGCCAUCAAAGAUGAGCCACAAAAUCCUGGAUCGCCUGCAGCACUCAGUCCUAUUGAUAUGGAAACGCAAGAGAAAAUCAAGUUGGAGCGUAAGCGACAACGCAAUCGUGUGGCAGCAUCGAAGUGCCGAAAACGUAAGCUCGAACGCAUAUCGAAAUUGGAAGAUAAAGUGAAAAUUCUUAAGGGCGAAAAUUCUGAGCUGGGCUCAGUAGUUAAAAGUUUGAAAGAUCAUGUAGCGCAGCUGAAGGAACAAGUGAUGGAUCACAUUAACUCCGGGUGCACAAUUUCGAUGUUAACGGAUCAACCGAUGAUGUCUGGCAAAUAA